AUGAAAUAUAGUGAAGUUCGUGUGCCUGUUCUUUAUGGUCCCCAGAUUCCUCGACAAGAUCGUGAUGAUACUCGAAAACGGUACUAUCGUGCAUUUCUUACACUUUUUGUAUCAUGGCGCAAUGUAAUUGAUCUUUACGACAUCAAUCAAACAUGGGAAGAUGCAUUUGAAUCUCGAAAAAAUCUUAUUUCUGUUCAUGCAUGGAAGAUUAUAGAGAAUAUUCAACUUUUACAUGAAUGCGCUGAUGGUGAAUACGAAGUAGAUGACAUCGACGAUUUAAUUCAAUUAAUAGGCAGUGUAGAUGAAUUCACAGCUGCUGCAAUUAAUGCCACGAAAAAAUCAACAGAAAAUGUUUAUAUUCGAGAAACUAUCGAAGCAGUGGGAAAAGGUGGACUGUUUAAUCAUAUGAAUCAACAUGAUCAACAUGUUUCAAAUACAUCCAUUGAUCGACAAAUUAUACCGUUUAUUUCCGCAACGCCUAAUCUUAUCAAACUUUAUUCGAAGUGGCAAGAUCAACUAAAGAUUGAAAAGGAUCGAAUUAGACGCAGUUUAAUUUCUGGUAAACAUAACGAAGAUGAUGAUAUUUUGGAUUUUAAUGCUGUGACAGAUGCUGUUGUAACAGUAAUGAAUCCAUAUAAUAAUCAAAACAAUAUGGAAAAAUAUUCAUCAAUUCCUCCAGUACUCGUACUUAAAAAUAACUUCUCAACUCAAAAUGAUAUCAUUGACGAAUUUACAUCGAACAAAGAAUAG